AUAAUACAGUGAUAAUAUAUUCAGAGGCUUGGAUUUUCUGUACAUAUAUAUAAAUGGAGAGAUUUUCAAACUAGAAGUAAUCUAGAACCUUACAAACUGAGGUAGACUUAACGGUCUAUCCAAACAAGUGACAAAUACUUCAGAAGAUUCCUUAAGGAUGAUUAUGAAGAAAGGUGUGAUUUUGAGUUCUCCAAGUAAUGUGCGUAUCUUCAUCAUAGGACUGAUAAUUACAACAAUACAACUAUUGAUUUCAUUUACAUUCAUUUUAUCGUUCUCAUGUGGAGUAGAAAGUAGACGUUGGCUCAGUAGUAGCUGGUGGUUUUCAAUUGUUGUGAUUGCUCUUCUCAUACUUGUGUAUCUUAUCUGGAGUAUUCUCAACUUCUACUUGAACUUAUUGGUGGUAGAUAGUAUAUUGGCAGUUAUCGCGAAUAUUCUAACGUCAUUAGUAUUUGGCAUAGGCUCAGUAUAUUUUCAAACUCUGUGGUGCAUAAUAUUAUUUUGUACAGCAAUUCUUAUGGAAUUCUUGACGGUGAUUUUUUCAGUUCAAUUUAUGCCACUGGCUUCUAUCGCGUGUACAAUAAUACUGAUUAUAGUCUGGGUUGUAACAGUAUUGGCGAUAACGUUCUCUAUUCUUGCAAUUGUUUUCCAACAUUUAACUGUACUUCACCAAAUUUUUGCCGUCUUUACAACAUUAGAAUCUUUGCUAGUGAUACCUUUACUGGUCAGUUUCUUAGUGUCUAGCGAAAAACAAGCUUCAAGGAGCAAGCAUUGGCUUUUCCUUUUAAGUGUGUUUCAUAUUUUGUUGUUAUUGCUAUACUAUUCACUUCUGAUCAUGUUCUCAUCGACAACAAGGAGGGUGUCGAUGACGCAAUAAACUAUAUCUAUCUCUUAUAUUCAGUGUGUAUAUCUUUUCCAUUUGCAAUAAUUAAUUAUAUGUAGCCAAUCUGUGCAACCAUCUACUGUUUUCCGAAGUAUACAGCGUUCUUUCUAUCUGUUAUACGAUUAUGAUUGCCGAAUCUUUUAUAAACAUAGCAUGAUUCUGGGCAUUUUGAUAAAUUAAGGAUUUGUAGACUCAGUAAUAUAAAUUUUU